GCUCACGGGUCUAGAGGGUCGCCGCUGCGUCUGCGCACAGAGGAGCUGGUUGUUGGUGAGGCCGCUUGGAAUUGUGGGGCUUGUGUCUGUCCCUCGGCUGCCGUGCGGGAAGCCGAAGGCUUUGAGACAGGGGCCCAGUGUGGCUCGCUCCUUCUGUCAGUGUUCCUGGGAAGUCAUCCAGUGGUGAACAGCAGCCCUUCUUGAAGGACAGAGGAGCAACUGAAGUGCUGUGCAGGUCUCCAAUUAUGGCUACCCAGGGCCUGCCCCCAUCAAGGAUGGCUCCUCUGGACAUGCUGCUUAUACUGCUAAUGGCCUCCUGCUUUACCUUCUGUCUCAGCCAUCAGAACCUGGAAUUUGCGCUGACCAACCCAGAGGAGAGCAGCACCAAAGAAACAGAGAGAAAGGAAACCAAAGCAGAGGAGGAGCUGGACACCGAGGUCUUAGAAGUGUUUCACCCAACUCAUGAGUGGCAGGCCCUUCGGCCAGGUCAAGCAGUUCCUGCAGGAUCCCAUGUGCGGCUGCAUCUCCAGACUGGGGCAAGAGAAGUGAAACUUCAAAAUGAGGAUAAAUUCCAAAAUAAUUUGAAAGAGGUGAAAAAAGGCAAAAGGCUGGACAUCAAGAGCAACACUUAUACAUCUCAGGACCUCAAGAGUGCACUGGCAAAAUUCAAGGAGGGAGCAGUGAUGGAGAGUUCAAAGGAAGACAAGGCAAGGCAGGCGGAGGUAAAGCGCCUCUUCCGGCCCAUUGAGGAGCUGAAGAAGGACUUUGAUGAGCUGAAUGUCGUCAUUGAAACUGACAUGCAGAUUAUGGUACGGCUGAUCAACAAGUUCAAUAGUUCCACUUCCAGCCUGGAAGAAAAGAUUGCUGCACUCUUUGAUCUUGAAUAUUAUGUCCAUCAGAUGGAUAAUGCACAGGACCUGCUUUCCUUUGGUGGCCUUCAAGUGGUGAUCAAUGGACUGAACGGCACAGAGCCCCUGGUGAAGGAGUAUGCAGCAUUCGUGCUGGGGGCUGCCUUUUCCAGUAACCCAAAGGUCCAGGUGGAGGCCAUUGAGGGGGGAGCCCUGCAGAAGCUGCUGGUCAUCCUGGCCACAGAGCAGCCUCUCACCGUGAAGAAGAAGGUCCUGUUUGCACUCUGCUCCCUGCUUCGGCACUUCCCCUAUGCCCAGCAGCAGUUCCUGAAGCUGGGGGGGCUGCAGGUCCUGAGGAGCCUGGUGCAGAAGAAGGGCAUGGAGGUGCUGGCUGUGCGUGUGGUCACCCUGCUCUAUGACCUGGUCACUGAGAAGAUGUUUGCUGAGGAAGAGGCUGUGCUGACUCAUGAUACAUCCCCUGAGAAGCUGCAGCAGUAUCGCCAGGUGCACCUCCUGCCAGGUCUACGGGAACAGGGCUGGUGUGAGAUCACAGCCAACCUCCUUGCCCUGCCCGAGCACAAUGCCCGUGAGAAGGUGCUGCAGACGCUGGAUGCCUUCCUGGUCACCUGCAGGGACCACUACCGUCAGAAUUCCCAGCUCGGCAGGACACUGGCCAGCCUGCAGGCUGAGUACCAGGCACUGGCUGCCCUGGAGCUCCAAGAUGGCGAGGACGAGGGCUACUUCCAGGAGCUGCUGGGCUCCAUCAACAGCUUGCUGCAGGAGCUGAGAUGAGGCUGCCCCACUGACACCAGACUGCACUGGGGUGCUGCUAGUGAGGCUGAGGGGCAUCAGCUUGGGUGGGACUCUACAGGGGCCACCAGGCAGGAGAGAAGACUGCCCUCCUAGGGCAUGGGGGUCCUCUGGGAAGAGCUGGCUUGGCCAUUAAAUGGAGACAUAAAGGUCCUUUUCUUUCUG